AUGGCAGACAAGGCAGAGAAAAUCGCUGCUGCACGAAAAAAGCUCAAGCAGUAUCAGGCACGGCAGAAGGAGCGAGAUCAUGAUCCUAGCCAGAUACAGGAAACAAGCAGUCAGCCACACGCAUUGGACACCGGACCAUCAUUAAUGCCAACCACCCAACCCAUGUCUUUGGUGCCGACCUUGACUAACAAUAAUCUUCAUGCGGACAUACCGCUCCAAAAUGAUUUCAAUCGAAAUGUUUUUUCCUCCGAGGACUUCGAUAAACAAAAGCCGAAUACGACAGCAGUCGAUGGAUCGGUUGUUUCGAUUUCCAACUAUUUCAACAACAGUGCUACAACCUUUUCCAACCUACCGGAUGUGGGAGAUUUGUUCGAAAGUGGCGACCCACAGCGUACAUCAACUUCAUCGUCAGUUGUACCACCGGCAGCGCCGGUUUUGGAAGCACGCCAGCCGGACCCGCCAAUCGAUGCCAGUCUCUAUAAUAUCAACAAAAUAUCCGAUGAAAUAGGCAAUCUCAUCGCCAAUGCAAGUGCUGACCUUGGGCCCCAAAAUACGAUACUCGAAUUGGAAUCGGAAAAGGCGGAUCUGGCACGACAAUUAAACGCAGAAAAAUUAGAAAACGAUGAGUUACGGUUGCGAUUACGCAACAACCAAUCUCUCCUGGAUGAAUCGAAGAUCGAAAUUGAUAAACUUCGACUAGAAAAUAGCACACGUGUGACGGCGGAACUGGGUCCGCUACAGGAGCAACUGCAAAUGCAAAGCCAAGCGGUAGGGGUACUUGUAGGUGAAAAGGCGGAACUCACCGCAUCGUUGGCAAAAUGCAAACAACUCAUCCAGGAGCGUGCAUCAGAAAAUGACGCCUUGCAAAUUCGCCUCAAAGAAAUGAGCAAUGCCAUACGUAAGCUAGAGCAGGAAUUGAGCAGCGAAAGAAGUCAGAGCCAGCGUUUUCAACAGCUGGAAGAGACGAUCAAUUCUCAGGUUGGUGAAUGUCAACGCGAAGCAGAAGGUUUUCGCAAGCUGCGCGAUGACCUACAGGAAGAUAUAGCUGAACUUCGACAAAAAUUAACGGUGCGAAAUGACGAAUAUCAAAAGGUGCAGCAAACGCUUGAACAAACGCGCUCCGAAUUGGGACUGGCGAAGAUACGUAUUGAUCAGCUGACCUCCGAUGAUGGACAGGAUUUUAAUGCGAAAAUCGAAUCACUCACACAGCAGAACCUAAUCAAAGCGCAGCAGAUUAAGGAUCUGCAAGAGCUGGUAAAGCAGAUCGGAGCUGAGAGGGAUCAAAGCAACCAACAGUACCAAAACUACGUGUUGCACCUGAAUAAAGAGAUCACGAAUUUGGCUGAGAAAAUUCAGGAGCUCACCGACGAAAACAACCGGCUAGCGAAAAGUGAAGAAACGGCCGUACGGUUUGCGAACGAGCUGGAGCGACAAAUUCAGCAGCAAAUGCUGAAACAGCAGUCAGUUUAUGCCGCUCAGCAUGAAUCUAAUCCCAGCGAGGAGGAAACGAAACUGUUGGAUGAACAUGAAAAGCUAAAAGCGGAACUAGAAGCUGUACGAAAAUUCUGCGAUGAGUUGGAACACGAAAAAGCGGAAUUACUGAAAGGAGACUCCUCGAAGGAAGAACAGCGAAUUAACUUUGAAAUGCAGCUCAAGCAAUACGAGGAGCAAAUAGCAACAUUGCAGCUUACCGUAGAGCGACUGCAAUUGGAUAAGCCAGACGUCGCAAAAUUACUGGCAGAGAUCGAAAGCGGAAGAGUUGGAGCAUCUCGCGCAGUAACACAAAACCAGGAACUAAAAUCCCAACUCGAAGAGAUGCAGCGUGCAUUCGUGCAAAUUAGCAAUGACAAAUUAAACCUAACUGACAAACUGCAAACCGAGCUUCACCUUGGAAAGGAAAUGAAAGCUAACUACGGUAACUUGGAAUCGGAACUAGCUGCUAUUCGUGAGAAAUUGCAUUUCAAAGACGAAGAAAUGAUUCGCUUGACACACGAAAAUACCGAGCUCAAUAAGCAAAUUUAUCAGCAGAAUCAGGAAAUCGAUCGAUUACGGUACUACGAGUCCCGCUCGAACGAUGCAUCCACGCUACAGCGGGAGCUGGAAGUACAGAAACAAACGGCAGAAGAUCUUCGUCGUCAAUUGCACGAUGCAACCGUCCCUGGCGAGCAACACGUGGUAGUAAAUGGUGAUCAAAUGGCCUCAAACCCGUCCGAUUAUGCUAACUACCGACAGGAAAUCGAAACACUUCGACGGGAGAAGGAAGAAUUGCUGAAGGCGUUGAACAAAUUCCAGCAAGAUCGCUCCCAGGACGCUGGAGGAGAGCCAAAUGGAACCUCUCAGGGGUCCUGUGGUCCAGUCGAUAAGCAAUCAUCCAUUGUAAGCAGCAUCCCCACCGCAGAGGCAAUGGAAAAGUUACAGCAACGCUUCAAGCGUACCAUGUUGGAGGUGGCGGAAUUAACAGAAGAAAAACAACGACUGGAACACUUGGUGAUGCAGCUGCAGGGCGAAACCGAAACCAUCGGUGAAUAUAUUACGCUCUACCAGCAGCAAAGGAGGCUACUGAAGCAAAAAGACAUGGAGCGCGAUCUUCAGCUGCAGCAGUUAGCCGACGAUCGUGAAAUGAUGAGACUCAAGCUAAAGGAGCUGAACUAUCUCGUGCAUCGGUUAGUGCACGAACAAGGCGGUACCCCCCGUGAUGCUGCUCACCAUCACCAGCCGGCACGUGUCAACAGCACCAGUGGGGAUGACCACACGAAAGCCAUCUCUGUUGCGAGUAAUACUAGUCUAAGUGGUGCGCCGAAUAGUGACGCUGCUGCACAUCAUGUUGCGCCAACAUCACAAACAAACGGUGGCGAGAAUCACUCGCCAUUGCUACCAAAGGUGCACAUAAAACCAACCGAAACGGCUGGCCGCAUCCUUUCGCUUCUGACCGACAUCAAGGAGGCGAAUAUUCCUUACGGCAGUGGGGUUCAGCAUUGCUCCUGCUGCUCUGGCCGGCUCGAAACGGUGUAGGAAGUUUUGGUUCCAGGGCUAAAUUAAGUUCCCGAAAGCUGUGGUAUAGUUAUCCUUGUUUUUUUUAGCGCUACAGGCAUUUUUAUUAUAAAAAUUAUUCCUUACUUCUAUUAUUGUCAAAGCGAUAUUUAUAAUGAGGUAUAAAUAGAUAACCAACGCAGGCAUAGCGCGUACUAUAA